UCCUUAAAGAAAAAAAAAAAAAAAUAAGCCCUUGACUUAAUUCAAGGUUAAUUUGUUUAAAUAUUUUAAUAUUAUUUACUCCAAAAUGUAAGCAAACAAGAAAAAAUAUUAAACAAAACAAAAAAAAAAACCCAACUCGCAAAACAAUUACUUUUGUCCUUGAAUAAAGAAAAGGAAUUUGAAAAAAAGAAUUUUAUAAUAAUGCCGUCUAGUAAACCAAUCAACUAUCAACAGACUCGCAUUCAGAUGACAACAAUGGUCAAGUGAAUUAUAAAAUAAAUGCAAAUAAAAUAAAAGAAUAUAAGUCACGAGACUCACUUCGAUAAACACGACCACGACUCGACUCGUUGAAAAAAAAGUAAAAAAGGGGAAAAAUAUUUGCAAUCUGUUGCAAUAAACAAACCGUUCUUUAUUCUGUUUUUACUAUACUUGAGAUUUUUAAUUUAAAAGCAAGGAAAAAAAUGGCAGAAAACUCGACCAUGAAUUUAGUGUCAUCGUCGACAACAGACGGAACAGAUACGGACACACCAUCCGUUUCAAUGGACAAUUUCUAUCCAGCUCUAGUUCAGUGUUUUGGAAUCAUUAUUUGUGGAUACAUCGCUGGUCGAUUGAAAAUCAUAACAAAUUCUGAAACCAAAGGUCUGGGCACAUUCGUGGGAACCUUUGCCCUCCCAUCUUUGAUAUUCCUGUCUCUAGUUGAACUAGAUUGGAGGACUGUCAACUGGACGUUUCUAUUAUCGAUUUUAAUUUCAAAAUCGAUAGUUUUUUUCGCUGUGAUUGGAGUUUCCCUACUCGUUGCUAGACCUCUAAACUAUGGCCGUGCGGGAUUGCUGGCAAUCUUUUGCACGCAAAGUAAUGACUUUGCAAUUGGUUUCCCAAUUGUCAAUGCUCUUUAUAAGAAAGUUCAUCCUGAAUAUGCAGCUUAUUUAUAUUUGAUGGCUCCCAUAUCAUUAGCCAUUCUUAAUCCUGUUGGCUACAUUCUGAUGGAAAUAUCACAAAAAAUCGAACAAAGAAACAAAUUAGAUGAUACUUUGCCAGUGUGUCCAGCAGCACAGCAACCGUCUUCAGAACAUUGUUUAUUUGGUGAAAAAACAAUGGUCGUUCUCAAGACAUUCAAAUCGAUAUUUUUCAACCCAAUGAUUUUGAUGACCCUGCUGGGUGUGAUGGGAGGAAUUGCUUUUCCCGAUGGACUACCUGAAAUCAUUGCUGGAGUGCUACGUGUUUUGGGUAAUUCAUUCUCAGCAACUGCUUUGUUUUUACUCGGAUUGAAAAUUGUCGGACAAGGAACAACACUCAGGGGAUCUGGUUUUCUAAUUCCUGGUAUAUUAAUCAUUGUUAAGAUUCUUGUGUUACCACUUGUUGCCCGUCAGACUGUUAAUAUUAUGCAAGCUGGAGGAAAUUUCAACGACACCACGGAACUUAGUACUUUUGGAUUUCUUUAUGGAACAUUUCCAGCCGCACCAGGAGCCUUUGUAAUAGCAACGCAAUAUAAUAUUGAAGUCGAAUUGAUUGCUAAAAGUAUGGUAGCAUGUACCUUCAUUAGUGCUCCUUUGAUGUUUAUCUCAGCAAAAAUGAUUUCUCUAACAAACCUAAACCCAGCAGAUUAUCUUCAUGAAUUGGAUGAAUUUUCCUUUGAUAUUAGUGUAACUGGAGUUAUAGCAUGUAUUUGGAUAAUAGUUCUUUUGACAUUGACCAAAAAAGCCAGAAGAAUGCCUCACAGAAUUACUUUGUGCUUAGUUCUUUCUCAGCUCUUCUGCUGUGUUGGGGUAAUCCUUUGGUCGAAAUUAGAUCAUGUCAACAAAUGGGUAUUGUAUGUGCAAUUUUUCAUGUUCAACAUUGGAGCUUAUAGCAGUAGACUUUGGACAGCAAUUUUAGCUAUUAGCUUACUCUUUUUGCAAUGUCGAAGUUUAUGUUUUGUUCUCAAGAUGUGGCCAUUUAUGAUAAUGUUUGCAUGGGGUGUCCCGGGUAUAAUUUCUGGUCUUCUGAUUGCCUUCGAUGAUAAUGUAUUUUCGGGUGGAAAACAUAAUCCAAGUUUUCAAUAUGGAAACGCACAAGCGGCUAUUUCAGUAUUUCUGUUAGUCAUGUGUUUCAUAGUUACCGUUGGAUGUUUAGUUAUGCAUCAAAGAUAUAAACGUCGAUUUGAAAAGUAUUUGACCUUAGCAAGAGAACUUUCUAAUCCUGACUCAGAAUCCAAUUUCAUUGGUGCAUCAAUAUCAACUGCCGAUCUUUUGGCAAAUGCAUCCGAGCAAAGAAAUUCAAGUACUCGUCGUAGAAAUACCUCCCUUUCAUCAUCAGAAGACGAAGAAAUUGCAAAAGCCGAAGAUACAGGUUGUGGUAAUGGUAAUGGAAACUGCUGUUCGGCAACAACGAACACUACAACCGUUGUGGAUAUUGAAGAUUUAUUAAAUCGAGCUCAAAGCAGCAAAGUUGAGCUGCGCCAUCACAACCAUAAUUUUGAUGAUGACGGAAAUUUUGGCGGAAUUCGUGCAAAUAUGUGCAGUCCAUCGUUUAGCUGUGCAGGUCCAUCUCGUCAGAACUGUCAGGCAAUCAUUCAGCAAUAUGAAGAACAGGCACGAAAGGGAUUAGAGCCUUUGGAAUUUCCCAAAGAAGGAGACGAGCAUCAGGCUCUUAAGCACACUGUGUUGCUUAUAAUCUUGCUUUGCUCAAUGUUUGUGAGCUUAGCUGUGUCUAUAUGGACUUUAGUGAUGGAAGGAAUGUCAGGUAUCUAUUUGGAGCUCAGUUUUCUAGAUGCAUUCUUAAACUUUGGACAAAGUUUGAUUGUGCUUGCUGUGUUCAUUACUGAUACCAGUGAAUUACUCAUUCCCCUUGGAAAAUACUGGAGAAAGAUGUGGUUUGGCGCAAAUAUGUUGACUCUACCUCAUUGGACAUCUCUCAGUCCUGAGACAAAGCACAUUUGUGAGCAAUUUCGGAAUCAUCAUUUGGAAAAUUGUAAAAAAGACAUUGCUACAGAUAAAAGAUGGCGCAUUAAAGUGUAUCAUAAAGUAUUCUAUGGCACUGAUUUUGUAAACUGGCUGUUAGAAGUCGGUUUGGCAAAGGAUCGCUUAGAAGGUGUUCACUAUGCCAAGCAUUUGGUAGACGGACGUGUAAUGCGACACAUAAAUAAUGUCUAUCACUUUGAAGAUCGAAAUCUGCUAUUUACAUUCUGCAAUCGAAUGUAAAAAAAAGAAAAGCUAUGAUUUUAAUUUUAAUUUUAUUUUGAACCAAUGUGGUGCUGUGAUUUUGUGAUGGACAUUCAAUGAAUUCGCGAUAGCCUCAAAAUUUGAUUAUUUCUGUGUAUACAGCCAUCGCAGCUACAGUCAACUAGUGGCAAAGCUACGAUUUAUUGGAUGUCUUUAUGAUGUGUGAGUUUUGUUUAUGUGUUUUAAUUUUUAAUUAAAAAAAAGUAGUAGAUAGAUUGGUUUUUGUUUAAAGAAAAUUGGUAUAUAAUUGAUACUACUGUAGUAUCGAGAGAACUCAACAAAAGCUUCUUUGCAGAAGAUUUUUUUGAAGUUAAACCAAAGAAUGAGUUCUGUUUUGAGAGCAAGGCAGAUUUUAAUGCUUUAUUGAGCUAGAUCACCUACCAUUGAUUUAAAUUAAAAAUUAUUGUUAACGGCCUACUACUAAUCGAAUGUGCGACGUAAAAAAAAAUAAUAAAAUAUUUAUUUUUUAGUUAAUUUUUAAGCUUAAUCUCACUCUUUUCCUAUUAGUUUGAAAGUAUUUAUCUCUAGAAAAUUUUAAUUUUUUUACUUUGUAGUUUAAUUUUUAUUUUAUUUGGCUAAAUGUCACAACAGUUUCACUCAAAAAUGUUAUUAAACAAAAAACAAAAGUAAAUCAAUACUUUUUAUUUUAAUUUUUUUUUUUAAUAAAUAUAUUAUACAUGCAUAUAUUAUGUAGAUACAAAAAAAAAAUAAAUAAUGUAAUAAUCAUAAAGAACAUGGUGCAACACUUUUUUAGGGACAAAUGUAGAAUAUAUACAUACUCGUAAUAUACCUACAGCGAAUAUUGUUUUACAUACAAAUUAUAUAAAAUAAUUAAAUAAAUACAUACAUUAUAUACAUUUAAACUUAAAAUAUGCUUGCAAAGCAAUUUAAUAAUUUUACUGCUGAUACGAUUAAUAAAAUUUAAAUAUUUUUUUGGUCACAUUAGCAAAUCAAAA